CCGACGAUUGCGCCAAGUGGCCGCGAAGAAGAUGAGUCGUCGGCCAAUGUCUCUGCCGUACACGCCCAGCCUCUGUUGGUGUGUGCGACCAAUGGAUCGCUGAGUGGUGACACACUUACUUCGGCCCUAUGUCUCUCCUCCGCCCUCGCCGCAACCAACAUCCCCAAUGACGUACAGCCCAGCUCCUUCACCUCAGCCACCAAGCCGUCAUUUGGUUGUAUCGACUCCAGCUCUUCCAUCUUUCCUUCGUCUGUCGGCCACCCAGACGUCCUCUCCGGCGCCCCAGUCUCCAUCUCCUCUCUGCCACUGCCCUCCACAGUCUCCUCCUCCUCUUCCUCCUCAUCUUUGUCAUCCUCCUCAUCCUCCUCCUACUCACCUUCGUCCUCAUCGCCCUCCUCGUCACCAUCCCAAAAUAACCUUCUGCACAGCAACAAGUCAGAAAUGACCAGAUCUACCAACAGGGAAGCCAUGCAGAUCAAUUGUUUCCAGCCUUGUGAAGGUCGUUGA